AUGACUGGUAAUCUGCUCUCGGAGACCGGCCGAGUGGAGACAUUCAACUCGACCUGGCUGCAGGUCUGUCGCUACGACGUGGUCAGUCGACCGGAUCAGUCAGCUCGGCCCGACGCCAUCGGAUCUUUCCCGUCCGAGAAUGGUCAAGACAGCGGCCAGUUGGUGGUGCGCUGGGCCGGAGCCGAUUAUCCCUACGAAUGGGAGUUUCGUGACGCCGAAAGCCUGAUUCGAUUGGUCGACUGUCUGGCUGGCCCGGCCAAUGCGACGCAGUGCCUGAAGGCGGUAACUCGAGAGACGGCGGUAAGGCGGACGUGA